UAGACAAUUCCAUGCACUUUUGCAUUCUGCCCUAUUGGUGGCAGUAUUGGAUUUUUGAUCCUAAGAAGCUGAAAUAAUUUAAUUAGAAGUAGGAACCUGGAAACGGGUUUAUUGUUUAUUAGUUGUAACAAAUGUAACCAUAUACAAUAUUAAUUCCAAGUCAAAGCACUCAGACUUCUCUGACUCUGGUUGUGUGCAUGCAAGUUGUUUGAACCCUCAAGAUCCAGAAUGAGACGGCGAACACAAAGGCCUGCGCGAGGGUAGCAGAAGGGGCAAAUUGGAGUGAACCUGGAGUAUCAGCCCAGCUCAGGCACCUUGGCAGAAUGUACCCAAUGGAUCCAGAGACAUGCAGUCACCAGAGGGAGUAUGGAGAACCAGAGACAUGCAGUCACCAGAGGGAGUAUGGAGAACAGAGCUCAGGGCAAUGAGACAAUGGCCAGGCUAUGCCCCGAGAGCCCUACAGUGAAUACUGCAGCAUGAGGAGGACUAGAGAAGGUGGGGAGGAGUAUGGUGCUUCCUCUGCUAUGAGCUACAUCAUGGACCCAUCAUCCAGAGACUGGAGCAAAGGCUCAUUGAGGGGUAGAGGUGCUCCCUUCUCCCCAGACACAGAUGGGGACGUUGAUGGAGAUCCUGUGGAGCUCAGUGGGGAGGACCUGGAGCUCCUUUGUAAGAGGAUGGAGCUGGAGAUCAUAGAGGAACAGAUUGCCGGCAAAGAAAUGCUGCUCUUGCUAUGGAAACGUUUGGGCCUGAAUCAAAGGCCAUCCGUAAACAGAAGACGAAGGACAAGGAAUGUUAGGAUGUUACUCUUAAAGGAUGUUACUCUUAAAGAGAGGGUGAAUAGCAUUUUGAGAAAGCGGGCAUGGACCAAUGAAUGUCGCUCAAAUGAGGCUGCUGACCAGCAGGUCCCUCCCAAGCUUGUUCUCCAUUCUCCCAAAGUGGUCAAAAGCUUUGUGGAACGGAUGAACGAGUCCAUCCUGCGCAAAGACAGCAUAGUAAAGGACAACCUUAUCCUGUACGUACAUGAAGAGGAGCAUCCUCUGAAACUCAAAGUGGCUUUAUUGGAGCAGCGACGCAAUCCCACGGUGAAUAAGGAGGACAAAGCAGCCAAGGGCUUCCAGUACAUCCUCAAUGUCCUCAACAAAGGGGGGGGGACAUCGACAGGCUCUCAAAGAUUGUCAACAAUUUCAAGGAUUUACCCUCUGUGGGAGAGGAGCUGCCACAUGGUCAGCCGUCUCCACUUGAUGGCCAGCCCGAGACCACCUCUAAGAGUGAGAGGAAGGUGCCCUCUCGCAAAAGGCGCUCCCGGUUUGAUGAUGAGCUCCCGCUAUGUUGGCUCAAUAUACUCUGGGGUCAGCCCACCCUACUCGGGGUUCAGCCCAAUCCGCUUGGGAGUCUGUUGCGUAAAGUGGUCCCAGCAGGUAGCGUUCUGCCACAAGACCACAGUCUCUUACAAAGUGGAGAAGGAGAUAUUGGGCAACAUAGACUCAGUUUGGGCUUCAUCCAGGCUAAGGAUAGCCCAAAAAACAAAAAGCCAAAGUCUCCACCUGUUGAGGAGAAGAGGAAAGGGAGGCAUAAGUCUCCACAGGUGGAGGAAAAUGAGGCCUGAGGAUGAGCAGAAGUACGAACGGAUCCAGAGCCUGCUGCAGACAAUUGGGCUGGAUCUGGGGGUUGAGGAGUUGGGCCGACUGAACGACAGGACCCAGGAGAGAUUGUAUGGGAAGAAGAGAGACCAGGAGAAGAAGGGGGGCAAGAAAGAAAGCGUGUGGGAGGUUGAGAAGGAGAAGGAGAGCAAGAAGGAGAAAGAGGAGAGCGAGAAAGAGGAAGAGGAGAAAGGGAAAGAUAAAGAGGAGUGAGCAUGCUCAAGCAAAUAUCACAGUAUUUCCUUGUUGUCAGAUAGCUCCAACUCCAGCCCCCCUUGCCAUCGGUGGACCGCAGAAUACAAACGCUUUAGCACCAGAGACCAGGAUAGAGAGAGAGACGGGGGCAGAUCUGAGAGAAACAGAGAGAGAGAGACAGACGCUCUAGCACCAGAGACUAGGACAGAGAGAGAGAUGGGGGCAGAUCUCAGAGAAACAGAGAGAGAGAGACAGACGCUCUAGCACCAGAGACUAGGACAGAGAGAGAGAUGGGGGCAGAUCUCAGAGAAACAGAGAGAGAGAGAGACAGACGCUCUAGCACCAGAGACUAGGACAGAGAGAGAGAGAUGGGGGCAGAUCUCAGAGAAACAGAGACAGAUGCUCUAGCACCAGAGACCAGGACAGAGAGAGAGAGACGAGGGCAAUCUGUGAGAAACAGAGAGAGAGAGACGGGGGCAAUCUGUGAGAAACAGAGAGAGAGACAGACGCUCUAGCACCAGAGACCAGGACAGAGAGAGAGACUGGGACAGAUCAGAGAGAGAGGCAGACGCUGUAGUACCGGAGACCUGGAUAGAUAUAGAGAUAGUGGGAGCGAGGCAAAGACUGGGAUGGCGACAAAGAAAGCUUCCUGGGGCUUUACCCAUACUCCAACGAUCCCACACACCCUCAUGCAUCUUUGAUGGCGACCUACUCAGUGCAGUACUCUAAGUACAUGGCAUACCACAGCAGCCACUAUGCCAGCACCUUCCCUCCAAGGUGUAGCUUUCCCCCUGGUACCAUUUCCCCUGCUACAAUGCCACAUGGUAACAUGCCACUCCUCCCAACCCCCUUGUGUAUCCACUCUACCCCAACUGCCCGCCUUAUUACUGUAAUGGCACUUCAGAAACGUUUUUCCAGGCAUACACACAGGCCACUGGAAACCCCCAGUUCACAAACAUGGAUGUACAAGUGCAGGAUACAGACUCAUCCCUGAACAGGACAUAGAGACUGUGUGGCCCAGACUUGGACUGUCGGGCUUAACCAGUUGAGUAUAAACACGCGUCUAAAGAGGCAACACAAAAAUAUACAAGAAUUAAGGCUGCUUAAAGAAACUCCUCAGGUGGCUGCCAAGGAGCCACCCUCUGAGCCAGGUACAAAGAAGGAGCCAGAAGGAGAAGCAGUCAUAGAAGGGGAGAAACUGCAUUCUGUGGUCCCUCCGGUGGCUACAAAGGAUUCUGAGGCACCCUCUAGAACAGGAUCCCAAAAUAGAAAAUGGAGAAAAGAGGAAACACUGGAAGAAAAAGGAGGUAUAUACAACGAAGGUUUAUCCAUGAGGGUAAACAGAACCUAUAUGACAAGGCGGAAAUUGCGUUUGGCGGAAGCGCUUGCAAAAGGCCUUGAGGUCCCCUCUGAACCAGAGCCCAAGACAGAGCCAGAAGCAGAGGACAAAUCAUUGACAGAAUGGCAGAGACUGUUUGCAGACGCUGUGGCGAAUGUGGCUGCAACGGACCCAUUUGCCCUCCGAACCAGAGGCUGAGAAAGAGCCUGACUGGGAGACCGAGCAGAAAAGGACAGACGAAGAGAUGAAGGCGAAAUUAAAGGAAAAGUCUUGUGACAUUUAGAGUUCGAGACUACAUUUGCUCUAAAGAAUCAAAGUACUGUCUUUGCUAUGAAGGAACUUCACUAACUUGUGAUGUCUUCUAUUGGCUAUGGAGAAUGCAUGUCUGCAUCUAUUCUAAAUGUUAAUACAUUUCAUCCACAGAGAGGGGCAGAAACACCAAAACCUUGAUAUAUGUCCCUCUUGAUUUCUACUAAUUAAAUAGUGAGGAUAUAAUAUAUCAAUAUGACAAAGCUUUUUUAAAGACAAUAAUUCUGUAAUUUUUUUCCAGCUUGGCGAGUUCAACCUGAAGAUGAAGCAGAGAUCAACACAUUUAAAAGAAGCCCCAACAGAAGCCCCAACAUAACCUGAAAGGGCGGCUGUUGUAGUGCGUCAUGAGCUCACAUCCCCCUCGAACCUGCUGCUGACCCAUCCAGACCCUGUGGACAUCCGUUUGGCUAACAUUCUCCUUAUCUAAUAUACACUCACUGGCCAGUUUAUUAGGUACAUACUGGGUCGGACCCUCCUUUUCCUCCAGAACAGCCUGAUUUUUUCGGGGCAUUCUACAAGUUGUCUGAAACGUUCCACAGGGAUGUUGGUUCAUGCUGACGCGACGGCAUCACGCAGUUCCUGCAGAUUGGACAGUGAUACAUUCAUGCUGCGAAUAGCCCAUUCCAUCUCAUCUCAAAGAUGCUGUAUUGGGUUGAGGUCUGGGGACUACGCAGGCCACUCAAGUAAACUGAACUUGCUGUCAUGCUCCAGGCAAUGUUUUUCCACUCCUCGAUUGUCUAGUCUUGGUGAUCACGUGCCCACUGGAGCCACUUCUUCUUGUUUUUAGCUGAUAGGAGUGGAACCCGGUGUGGUCGUCUGCUGCAAUAGCCCAUCCGUGACAAGGAUUGACGAGUUGUGCGUUCUGAGAUGCUGUUUGGCACACCACUGCUGUACUGCGCCAUUAUUUGUCUGUUUGUGGCCCGCCUGUUAGCUUGCACGAUUCUUGCCAUUCUCAUUCGAACUCUCUCAUCAACAGGCUGUUUUCGCCAACAGGACUGCCACAGAAUGGAUGUUUUUUGUUUGACGCACCAUUCUCAGUAAACCCUAGACACUGUUGUGCGUGAAAAGCCCAGGAAGGUGGCCGUUUCUGAGAUACAGGAGCGUCUGAUCAUAAAAUGCUUAAAGUCGCUUAGGUCACUAGUUUUUCCCCAUUCUGAUGUUCAACCGAACUGUAACUGAAUGCCUUGAUGCCUGUCUGCCUGCUUUAUAUAGUGAGUCACAGCCACGUGACUCACUUUCAGUAAGAGCGAUCCAUAAAUGGGCUCGAUAAAUGGGGUGGUGUACCAAAUAAACUGGCCGAUGAGUAGAUUUUUGGGGUAUCUGUACUUUACUAUUUAUAUUUUUGACAACUUUUACAUUUACUUCACUACAUUCCUAAAGAAAAAGAAUGUACUUUUUACUCAAUACAUUUUCCCUGACCCCCAAAAGCACUUACAUUUUGAAUACGUAGAAGGACAGGAAAAUGGUCUAAUUCACACACUUAUCAAGAGAACAUCCCUGGUCAUCUCUACUGCCUCUGAUCUGACGGACUCACUAAAAACAUGCUUCAUUUGUAAUUUAUGCCUGAUUGUUGGAGUGUGCUUCUGGCUAUCCGUAUAUUAAGAAAACACAUUGUGCCGUCUGGUUUGCUUAUUAUAAGGAAUUAGAAUUUUUACUUUUGAUACUUAAGUAUAUUUUAGCAAUUACAUUUACUUUUGAUACUUAUGUAUAUUUAAAACCCAAAUACUUUUAAGACUUUUUACUCAACUAGUAUUUAUUGAGUGACUUUUACUUGAGUCAUUUUCUAUUAAGGUAUCUUUACUCAAGUAUGACAAUUUGGUCGUUUUUCCACCAGAUUGCAUUCUACCACCAGAAUAUUUCUAGAUUUCUACACUGAACAAAAAUAUAAACGCAACAUGUAAAGUGCUGAGUUUUGGGCACACAUUUGUUUACGUCCUUGUUAGUGAGCUUUUCUCCUUUGCCAAGAUAAUCCAUCCACCUGACAGUUGUGUCAUAUAAAGAAGCUGAUUAAGCAGCAUGAUCGUUACACAGUUGCACCUUGUACAGAGGACAAUAAAAAGCCACUUUAAAAUGUACAGUUUUGUCACACAACACAAUGCCACAGAUGUCUGAAGUUUUGAGGAAGCGUGCAGUUGGGAUGCAGACUGCAGAAAUGUCCACCAGAGCUGUUGCCAGAGAAUUUAGCAGUACGUCCAACCGGCCUCACAACCGCAGACAACGUGGGGGGUGCUCAUGGGCAGUACCAGGAGGUUGUUUUAGUUAUAAAAGCCAGGAAACUGACUUUUUUUAUUCAAAGAUUCAAUUUCUAUAGAACCUGUCCUGUUUCACGUUGUAUAUAUUUAACUCAAUAAACUGAUGUCUUUGUAUCUCAGGA